AUGGCCUUGCAAGCCCUGGAGUACUUGUGCAAGUUCUCCGACAGCGACAUCCAGACAGCUGGACGCCAGAUAGACAGUGAGAAAGUCCGACGACUGUGUCACAGCUUGGUGGACUGCCUGGCCCAGCGAGUGACACAGACGGACUCAGGGCAGACAGCCGCUGCAUCUGCCGCACCUGCAGACAGCCAAGCCAGCCAGGCCUCUCCUCGGAAAAGGAGUGUGAGCAACAAGAGGGGCAAGGUGGACCCUUACAAGACAGACAGCGGUGCCGCUAAAGGUAGUGGCCAGCAGGCAGGCCAGGCAGGAGGUGCCGCUGCUGGUGGUGGCCAGCAGGCAGGCCAGGCAGGAAGAGACAAGAGCAGGCCGCCGACAAAGAACAAGCUGCCGAAAGACACUCAGGCAGACCAGGUAGCGCCACCGCCAGCUCCGCCAGCUCCGCCACAGACGAGCCAGUGGUCUGGCCAGAGUCAGAGCAGCCAGUCAGAUUGGGGCAGCCAGUCAGACUGGUGGUCGACCAAACCUUGGUGGGAGUGGGAGAAAGAAAGCCAGACAGACAGCCCACCAAUCCCGUCGACUGGACUGGUUGUGGCGAAAGGCAGACAGAUCGGAGGCAGGGGCAGGUACAGCCAUGCGCAGAAGACGUACUUCUGCAUUGUCCAAUGCUUGAAAUGCAAGGCCGAACCUUGCAACAAGAGGAUGGAGGCAGAGGUGGACGGCCACUGGCCGCACUUCUGCCGUGCCUGCAAGCCCCACGGGGCGCCCGCGACCUGCCGCCAGACAGCCGUGUCAGCCCGCGACCUGCCGCCAGACAGCCGUGUCAGCAGUGCAGCAGUGUACGGGCCCACAAAGAAGCUGUGGCUAGCAGAGUAA